AUGAUCCAGAUGGGUACAUGUCUCAAUUGGUCCAGAACUGGAUACUGCACCCGCUUCAGCGGUCAGUGUCCUUACGAACAUCGACAGACUGGUGUCACUGGCAUGUUCCAAGGCGGCCCCCUCGAAGUGCGUGGUAUCGAGGCCGAGAUCUGCAAUGCUGCCUAUCGUGCCGGCCUCGAUACGAACAACCAUCCUGCUCUAUUCGAUCUCAUUUGGGCUGUCAAGAGGAAAGUCAUAGGCAGACAGUCUCAGCAGCUACCCAUUCGUCCACCUCCCAAGCCUUAUCACCCAAUCUAUCCUGAUCGCCACCGGCCAUCGGGCGUUGGCGACAACACAGCCCCGGACAAGAAGCGCAAGAGACGCGAUUCCAAUGAGAUUCCGAAAUUCCACCCGGUCAAGCCGCUCGGAGGCAAGAAGAAGGCUGGGAGCAAGCAGAACCCGAUCAAUCUAGACUCAGAUGGUGAGGAUGGUACCGCCCAGAAGUCCAAGGCUGCGAACUCUUCCGCGAAGCGUCGCAAGGUCAGCGACAAUGGUCGUUCAGUCGCUGGUGCUGUACCCGGCAAUAAUGUUGUCAUGGAGCUGCUUGAGGUCAAGAAUCGUUUGGCUUCUGCUAGACGUGACAUGAACAAAAGCCAGGCCGACAUGAAAGCCCUGUUCGACAAACAUUACCAAGACUUCGACGACGAUGAAAUGAUGAGGGUACUUACAGAGCUGAGCACACACAUGAAUGGCGUCUUUGAUAGUGCCAGAGGCGGUAUGGAUUCGGUCGAUCGUGCUGUCGCAUGGCUUGGGACCAAGAAGGGAGAGAUCGAGUGA